UCUAACUUUUAUGUGUAAUCUGAUAUAAAUGAUUUAUCGACUUUUCCAUAUCUCAAAAUCACUGACAAGAGUGUGUGUGCAUCGAUUUGAAACAUCGUAGUUCAAAAUUUACUUUAUCUUCCUGUGGAUUCAAGUGGUUGCAAUUUGUGUUUAUUGAAACAUUAUUCAAAAUAGUUCAUUCAUAAAAAAAUCAUUUUAUGUUACUGACUUUUCACACCUCGUGUCAUCAUAACAAUAAAGUCUUGUUCGACAAUAAUAACACAUCUGGUAAUUGAAAAAAAAAUAUCAUGAGUGCUGCUGUUGAUCCAUUUGUAAUAACAUCACGCGAACGUGCGAAAUACAUCGAACAAUUCAAAUCUUUGAAGCCAGUAAAUGAGGUUGUUACCGGCCAACAAGCACGUGGAUUUUUUCUACAAUCUCAGUUGCCCCCAGCAAUUUUGGGUGAAAUAUGGGCACUGGCUGACACUGAUCGUGAUGGAAAAAUGAAUAUCGAUGAGUUUAGUAUUGCUUGCAAAUUGGUUAAUUUAAAGCUACGUGGCUUUGAAAUGCCAAAACAACUCCCACCGACAAUGAUUGCAUCUUUGAAAGCCGUAGGAUCAACACCAACUUUAACACCUACCGGAAGUUUGAGUCCUGUAAAUGUUCCAGCAAGACCCGUUUUACCUCCACAGUUGCAAAAACCAGCUCAACAAACACCAAAUCAGCAAAAUCAACCAAUACCACUUAUCUCUAAUAUUGGAAUUGGAUUGAAUAUUGCAACACAAGAAGCAACUCAACCGCAAAUGAUGAACAUCCAACCAGUUCCAAUCAUUCCCAAUGUUCAACAACCAAUAAUUCCAAUCCAACCUUCACUCAUAAUGCAAGUUCAACCAACGACAACGAAUGGUGCUUUGCUUAUCGACUCCCUCAUAAAUGAUGUUCCAGCUGUAACUGCCGUUAAUACUGCUGUUGCGCCGGUCAUUUCAAACCCUAUACCAGCACCACCAACACCACCAAGUGGUACGCAAAGCCGCUCUAUGUCUGUUUCAGAAAAGGUACCUUCAAUAGAAUCACCAGGUUCUGCUACAUCUGCACCAGUUAUUGAAUGGGCUAUAAAGAAUAAAUUAAAAUAUACUCAGCUAUUUAACACAACUGAUCGUACACGAAAUGGAUAUUUAACGGGUGUUCAAGCACGCAAUUUACUUCUUCAAUCCAAAUUACCGCAGGCUUCUCUUGCACAAAUAUGGGCCCUUUCAGAUAUCGAUUCGGACGGUCGUUUGAGUUGUGAUGAAUUUGUACUCGCCAUGCAUUUGUGUGAGAUUGCUAGUCAAGGUGAACCGAUACCAGCGAAAUUGCCACUUGAACUGGUACCACCUUCAUUCAGAAAAAGCACAUCUCGUCAUGGAUCUGUAAGUGCUUCAGGUUCCAAUUCACGGCAUGGAUCUAUUUCGUCACAGAGUGGCAGUGUUGCAAAUGCAGAUUUAGAUGCUCUACAUAAUUAUAAUCAAACAACGUUCGAAGACAAACGAAAGGAAAACUUCGACAAAGGUCAAGCCGAAUUGGAACGACGGCGAAAGAUUUUACAAGAUGCUCAACGUAAGGAAAUUGAAGAACGUGAACGCAAGGAGCGCGAUGAGGCUGAUAAAAAGGAAAAGGCUCGUAUAGCAGCCGAACGAAAAGAAAGAGAAGAGCUAGAGCGACAAAUUCAAAUUCAACGAGAGCUUGAAGAGGAAAGGGAAGAAAAACGAAAACGUGAGCUCGAGCAGAAGGAGGCCGCUCGUAAAGAAAUGGAGAAGCAACGACAAAUUGAGUGGGAAAAUCAACAACUACAAAAGAUGCAACAGUCGCGACAACAAGAGCAAGAGAAAUUGCUUAAACUCAAAGCACAAAAUCAAACCUAUACCAUAGAAUUGGGUUCAUUGAAUGAUAAAGUAAAGGAGUUGUCGCAAAAAAUUUGCGAUACUCGUGUUUCGGUGACAAGUGUGAAGACUGUUAUUGAUGGAAUGCGGUCAACCCGUGACACGCAAAUGUCUGAAAUGACCGCAUUAAAAUCGCGCAUUAAAGAACAAAAUGCCAAAUUGGUACAUCUGAGUCAAGAAAAAGCUAAACUUGAUAGCAAAAAUGCAAAGGGCGAUGGUCUCAGUCAAGAAAUAUUUGCAAACAAGCAAAUGAAUAUCAAUCAGUUGCGUGGAAAAUUACAAAACCUAAAGGAAGAAAUUGAACCAAAGGAGUCCGAUGUCAAUGCCAACACUGAACAAUUGAAUGAUGUUAAAACUAAACUAAAGACAUUAUUGGACGAUUGCGAAGAUAUUUAUGCUCUCUACGUAACUCAUCGAAACCAAGUAAAUGAACUUAAGAACAAUAAGAAAAAUGAUUCACUCACUUCAGCAUGGGAUUCAGCGGCGACUGUACCACAGUCAGUCGAUUCUUGGUCGACAAGUGUGGUCGCUUCAGUAGCAGCAACAACGAAUGAAAUCACUACAAAACCCGGAUAUGCAGCAUAUCGUGCAAUUUAUGAAUUCGACGCACGAAACUCUGAUGAAAUAACAUUUCAACCUGGAGACAUUAUAAUGGUGCCAUUUGAACAAAAUGCAGAGCCUGGUUGGUUAGCGGGUGAAAUAAAUGGCCAUACUGGCUGGUUUCCUGAAUCAUAUGUGGAAAAAAUUGCCGAAGAAGAAGUUGAAGCGACCAGCGAAAAUGUGUCUAAUUUUAUUGUUGAUGAAAACCAAAGUGCUGUUCAAUCAGAAAAUGCAUUCAAUACGAAUACAAAAAGUGAAUAUGAUGAAACAUACAUAUCCUGCUAUCCAUACGAAUCGACUGAGCCAGGUGACCUGACAUUUGACGGAGGCGAAUAUAUAGUAGUUACUAAAAAAGAUGGAGACUGGUGGACUGGAACGAUUGGAAACAGAACAGGAAUAUUUCCAUCAAAUUAUGUACAGAAUGCCACUAGCAAUGAACAAACGAAUACAGAUAGUUCACCUUACUAUACACAAGAGGUAACCAGCACCCAAAAUUACUCUGACGAUGUGAGUAACCAAGAAGAAGCCGACACUGAAGUCUCUGAAAUAAAUACUCAACCGAAAACGGACACAGUUCAAGAUAACUAUAGUCGACCAAUGUCCACUUCAUCAACAACUUCCGGUAUCCGAGGUUCGAAAAAAGGUGAAGUGGCUCAAGUUAUCGCCCCAUAUGAAAGCACAAGUAGUGAACAACUGUCUCUUCAACGUGGUCAAUACAUUAUGAUUCGUAAGAAAUCAGAAACUGGUUGGUGGGAAGGAGAACUUCAAGCUCGUGGUAGACGCAAACAAAUCGGUUGGUUCCCUGCAACCUAUGUAAAAGUAUUGCAAAGCGGACGAUUGAGUGGCCGUAGUACGCCUGUAUCAGGCGGAAAAAUACAAAUGAAUGAGACCAUUUUGGACAAGAUGAUAGCAUUAUAUCCAUACAAGGCUCAAAACGACGAUGAGCUGUCAUUCGAAAAAGAUGACAUUAUAAGUGUGUUGGGUCGAGAUGAACCAGAAUGGUGGCGCGGAGAAUGCCAAGGAUUAACGGGCCUUUUCCCAAGCAACUACGUUGGCCCGUUUGUAUCAUCAGGCAAUGUUUAGUGUACUAGUAAUUAUGUAUCAUACGAACAUUCCAAUCUAUGAUAGAUAUUAUACCUACAAAUUUCAACUCUUAGAACAGUAAGACUUGAGAACUAUGGAUACAUAAUGCAAUAUAUUACCACUUAUUUUGUGCUUUUCAUCAAUAUACUCUAAAUAUUAUACAUAUAUUAUACUUGUAUUAAGUUGUAUUUGAAAAAAAAAACAACAACAAAUAAGAUAAACCGUAUUAUUAUAACAAUGAUUAAAAAUAAAAUUUGUUCGAGAUA